CCUUCUAGAGCACUAACUCCUUCCCGCCAAGCUGGCUAACGGCUGCAAAUUAGAAAAAAAAAAAAUACUACUUCCGAAAUGCUCACCCUGAUCACGACUAACAGGAAACGUGACUCCCUGCAUGCCCUCACCCGGAAGUACAAUUCCGCCAUGCUACUACUCCGCGUUCAUCGAGGCCGCCAUAUUGGUACUCCGAAAACAGGUUGUGUUGAAGUUAUUCGCUGCUCUCACUCCUACCAGCUUGUCCAUAGAGAAAAACCGAUUCACUAAUUGAAGGUAAAGCAGUAAAUGUCAGGGAACUGGCGCGUGCACGUGCUUGUGCUGUGUCUGUGUACUCAGACUGAUGCUGUAUAGCUCCCCAGGAAGCAGGUAGGAGCCAUGUGCUGUAUAUUGGAGCUUUGAGGAUGUUUUGUUGGCUCUUGUGAUGACUUUCUUACCGCAGCAGUGUCCCCACCCAGUAAUUGCCGUUAAUUGUAAAACCUAUUGCAAAAAGUUAUGAUUAUGAAACGUUAUCAUGAGCUCUAGUUCAGCUUGACUACUUUAGUUUGAAUUUUGCCAUUCGCUAGAGGCUGGAGUUUUUUGGAUACACCUCUUCUACUCAUAUUUGCUGCUGGCUGUAGUCGUUAUGGUGCAUGCUCUGAGUCAGCGAGGGGUGGGAGGGUGAAACUAUCAGAGGAGAAGGAUACGAUCAUUAUGGGAGACCAGAGUUCCCCUUGCAGGAUCUUCAGCAAAGGAGAAGCUAUGUCUCGACAGUGUGCAGUGCAUGCUGAUGACAAAUGUGAAAUAUGCACCGAAUUGACAUUAUACAGCCCGAACAGAGUUCUGUGCUGGUGGUGCAACUUGUCCCCAGCACACAAUUAAAAAUAAGUCCGUAAGUGCACCUACCACAAUAACCUCUUCAUGGUCAUGGUGGUUGGAGUAACCCUUUAAACGGUUUUACCAAAUGAAAAAUGUCCACAUUCCUACAUUAUAUACUUGUGUUGCACAGCAUUCUGGAAACUGCUGUCUAAAACUGCUGUGUAAGUAAUGCUAUUCACACCGUUGGAAUAUCUUAUUUUAUCAUGACUAUUCGAGAUAUGUUACCUAGUGAAUUGAUCUGUGUUCAUACACCCUUUUUGCCAUUAGCUGUGGAAUAUAACAGUGAUAGCCAACCUUUUAGAGCAGCAGAAAAACCAUGGGUAAUAUGACAGACAUCUUGGUCAAUGUUCGGUACUGUUCCAUAUCACUCCAGCUUGAUCACCAAGCAAUAUUAAAGAUAGUGAGACAGUAAGUUCUGUGGACAUUAUUGUGGUACAAACAAGCAUAAAUUUGUCUGGAUAUAUUACAUGUGCUUAUGCUAUUUUUUAUUUUGCUUUUAGACUGAAGAACACAUUUGAUUCUUGCGCUAUAGCUGAGACUACAGCAACCGCAUUUUCAGAUUUCAAAGGAAUUCAAUGAAACUUCAGCUAGUUUCUUUCUAUGUGGAUAUUUUUUUCAUGCAUAUAAAAGUAUAAUUGAAAUCUGUAAUUAUGUCAAAAGCCACUAAGAGAAAACACGUGGUAAAAGAAGUUCUAUGUGACUAUGUACAGCCAACGGAGAACCAGCGCAUAGUGAGGGUAAGCAUACUGUGGUUACAGUACUUUAAUUUGUUGUCUUAACUCAAUGAUUCACACUGGAGCAGGCUGCUGAGAGAAAUUAUGGGUUCCUAUAUUUUCUUAUUUGUAAGUUUUAGAAACAAUAAAGUCAAUGGACCAAUAACUUCCUAUGUGGGCUGCAGUCACAUGACCAAGUUUUACUCUGUUGCUGCAGAUGGAAGUGCCUUUAGGGACAGCUGCUAGAAGAGGAUUUAACCUUGCCAAAUACAUUGCAAAAAAAAAAAAAGCAAUGAUUUUACAUUGCACGGUUAAAACUACCGGACUACUAUAUAUAUAUAUAUAUAUAUAUAUAUAUAUAAUUUUAUAGAUGAAUACUGCACAGUUUGGAUCUUCAUCAGUUUCAUUGUUUAACAAUAAAUACAUUUUUACAUCUAAUUAUGAGUUUUUCAUAAACAAGAGCGAAGGUGACUCUCCACUGACUGAUCCCGAUACUUGGAAGGAGGAAGUUUGUAGAAGUUAGAGGAAGUGUAAUCUGGCACAAACCACAUAACAGGUGAUUGUAGUAUCUCUGUUCCUUAUUUCUCAGAUGCCAUACACAUUUGACAUGUUAUUUACUUUUGUGGGAAAUUCAAAGUAAAUUUCAAAUGUAAGGCCAAAGUAGCUGCCGUGAAAGAAAAGCUGACUUAGUUUUUCCAGUUUGGCUAGAUCGAUCUUUAAUUUAGAAUUCACGUUGAAUUGUCACUUUAUAAAUAACACUGUUAUCAAUAUGUUCAGUUUUAGGUGGGCAGGACAGUAUAACUGGAACUGGGGAAAAUAAAAAGAGCGUAACAAAUUAUUACAGUAGGUAUAGGAUAUAAUACAUAUUAUUUUUCUCAUUCUGAGUCUUUAAGUGUAACGGUGAUAUAAUGUCACUACUAUAAGCAUCUCAGUAACCUAUUACAUUGUAGGGUAUUUAACUUUUAUAUGGCACACUCUUUCAUCUUUGUUUCUCUGUAUUGUCAGGUUUUGGGAAGUCCUGGUAACAAUCUUCAUGAGGUUCAGACGUCAGAGGGCGAAAAGUUCCUUGCGAGUAUGCCAACAAAAUUUAGAAAGAACAUUUGGAUCAAGCGAGGUAAUACCGUUUCCACAUCUGUGUACAAUGUUUUAUUGAUUUUUUUUUUUUUCACUUGCUUAAGUAAUUUGUGGGUUUUAUUUGAAGCUGUGAAUAUGACAUGUUCUAGCUUCAAUUUGAAGAAAACUGGAGACUGCCAUUCAGUAAUGCUUGAAGCUUGCUAGAGAGCAUUAGGCGCUAACAGAGUGUCACCUCCUUCUUACUUUAUAAAAGUGCUGAUUUCAAGACGUUUCUUGGUUGCUCCCUCCUGGCUCUUCCCUAUCACAGAGCGUAAGGGGUUCUUGUAGACCAGCACUGGUUUCAAUACUUCUUUAUGAGACAUAUUGCUGGCACAAUAAUGUGAUUCCCUUACAUGUGCCCUGCCUCCCAAUGCUUCUCUAUGGGUAGUACUGGAUUGGCAGAGAUAUCAGUAGUAGUUAUAUUAGUAAUUGAUUAGAGGUAUGUUAACUCUUUUUUUGGGGGGGAGGCAGGGGCGUACAUUGUAUUUUAAUCACUCCACUGUUAUGAAAUAUUAUUAUUACUGGUAUUUAUUAAGCCAGCAUAUUCCGUAGCGCUUUACAAUAUUAUCAAAGGGAGAGAUUUAAAGGGAUACUCCAGGCACCCAGUCCACUUCUGCGCAUUGGAGUGGUCUGGGUACCAACUCCCAUUACCUUUUAACCCUGCAAGUGUAAUUAUUGCAGUUUUCAUAAACUGCAAUAUUUUCCUUGCAGGGUUAAGUCCUCCUCUAAUGGUUGUCUGACAGCCAUUAGAGGGACCUCCGUGUUCUUAGAACACGAAAAGUGUUUUAAGCAAAGCUGGACGUCAUCACGCUAUGUGAGGACCUCCAGCGUUGCCGAAAUCCCCAUGGGAAAACAUUGAAUAAUGCUUUCCUAUGGGGAAGUCUAAUGUGCGGCCAUUGAUUGAAGAGGGCCUUGCUCAAACGAGCUUACAGUCUAUAGGAGGUGGGGCGUAAAACCCAACAGGACAGGAGGUAGCAAUCAAACAAGGUGCCGUGAAGCAGAGCUGCAGGAGAGAGUAGAGUGCUGCUCUUUAGGAGAGAGCAAGUGACAGGUAUGUGAGGAGGAGGCCAUUUGCUUUCCCAAAGAGAUGGGUUUUGAGGCACUUUUUAAAUGAUUGAAGACUAGGGGAGAAAUUGAUUGUCAUAGGCAGGCUAUUUCAAAGAAAGGAGCUACCCGUGAGAAGUCCUACAAGCGUGAUUUGGCUGUACGGGUGAGAGCAGCAGAGCGGAGAGACCAAGAAGGUGCAUACCUGCGGAUCAGUGAAGAAAUGUAGGAGAGGCUAGAAUUGUUCAGUGCUUUUAUAGAUGUGGAUUAGUACCUUGAAUUGACUCCUAUAGGAUACAGGAAGCCAAUGUAAGGACUGACAGAGGGGAGAGGUGUGAGAAGACCGACUAGAGAGGAAAAUCAGUCUGGCGGCAGCAUUCAUUACAGACUGUAAUGGGGCAAUACGACUUGUGGGAAGACCUAUUAGGAAAGAGAGUUACAAUAAUCUAUGCGAGAGAUUACUAGAGCACGGACAAGCUUUUUAGUAGCAUCUUGUGUAAGAAAGGGGCGGAUGCAGACUAUGUUUUUAAGGUGGAAUCUACAGGAUUUGGUAACAGAUUGGAUGUGAGGCCAGAAUCAAGUAUAAUGCCAAGACAGCGCACUUGCAAGGAUGGACUGAUGUGGGUACCCCUCAAUUGAAGGGAAAGCGAAAGAGGGGGAUCAGUAUAAGGAGGAGGAAAGAUGAGGAGUUCAGUCUUAAGGAGAUUGGAUGUCCUUCCGCUUUUUGAAACUCAAUCAGAGAUGGAAGAAAGGCAAGUAGUGACACAUUGCAGAACAACAGGGGAGAGGUCCGGGGAGGAGAGCUAUAUCUUAGUGUCAUCAGCAUACAGAUGGUAUUGGAAUCCAAGAGAGGCAGUAUAAAGAGAAAAUAGAAGGGGACCAAGUACAGAGCCUUGGGGGACUUCAACAGAGACAGGACUAAGGGAGGGAUCAUUAGAAAAGGAGACACUAAAUGAGCGUUGGGAGAGAGAUGUCAGUGAGUACAGUGUCACAGCCACCAAGUGAUUGAAGAGUUUGGAGAAGGAGAACAUGGUCAACAAGAAUUAGUAUAGAGUACUGCCCUUUGGAUUUAGCUGCGAUUAGGUCGUUAGUGACUUUAAUAAGAGUAGUCUUAGUAGAGUGGAGGGGGCGGAAGCCAGACUGAAGAGGGUCAAGGAGAGAGUUGGAAUUGAGGAAUCAAGUCAGAUGGGUAAAGACAAGUCUUUCCAGAAGCUUUGAUGAAAAAGGGAGCAGAGAUAUGGGACGAUAGUUAGAAGGGGAGGACUGUUGUUUUAUUAAGAUGGGUACUACAGUAGCAUGUUUAAGGGCAGCAGGGACAACAUCAGAAGAGAGAGCAGUAGAAGAUGUGUGUUAAGGAAGGCACAAGACAAGAGUAGAGAGAUCUGAUCAGAUGAGACGGGACAUGAUCAAGCAGGCAAGUGGUGGUUUGAGAGGAAAGGAGAAGCACAGCCACCUCUUCAUCAGUAGCCUGGGAGAAAGUCUGAAGGGUAGGAAAGGCAUGACCUGGCGUGUUCCUUUAAAGUGUACCUGUUAUGCCUCUUUCAUCUUUACCUAUAGCAACUCCUAAUGUAGUAACUGUGACAUGCACACUCCAUUUCUGCCUACCUCCCAUAUCCUGUGAUCAGCACUGCUUGGGGACAAUUUCCCAAACACAGCGAUUCUCCCUAUUGAUGAGAACAUGCUGGCUUCACUGCCAGCACAUCAAAGUUAUAAUGUCCUAUAUUCUCCCUAUAAAUAAUAGAAACCGUUGCUGGUUAUCAAUUGAUACCUGUGUCUCCCUGGUGUGUGCAGGUAUUUAACCCUGCUCACAGCGCAUUGCUAUCAAUUGGUAUUUAAAUUAUGCUGACUUUCAGUGUUGCAUGCAGCUUAUCAGUCAGUCUUUGCCCACAAAAAUGGCACAAGAGGGACUAAUCAGGUAUAUGACCGUAUUACUUAUUAAAUCUGUGUGAUGUUAAUAUUGUCUGUAUCACAAGUUUUGGCCUUAUAUUUGUAGGGAAAUUUGGUAAAUGUGAAUGUGUACAAAUAUGAACAAUGUUUACAUUCCAUGCAUCAGAUUUUGCAGUAUGCUGAAAUGGUGAUGCAGAUUAAAGCGUUAUUUACAUUAGAAAUGUUUCACUCAACAGGAGAUUACCUAAUUGUGGACCCUAUUGCCGAGGGAGAGAAAGUGAGGGCAGAAAUAGCUUUCAUCCUUUAUAAGGAUCAUCAACGUCUUCUACAGAAGGAAGGAUUCUGGUGAGAUGUUUUCUUUUUGUAAAGAAAAGUUUCAAAUUUUGUCGCAAUGUGGAAAAUUUACUCAUUCCCAUCAUUUGUCACUAGGUAGUUUCAAGGAAAAAUAAUUGAUUUUAAUGUUACUUUCCAGAGUGUGUUCUUAUUUUCCCUCUUCUUCCCCUCCCCCACCCUUAAAAUCUACUAUUUUUUACUCUGUGUUUGGUUCCUCAAAUCUUUAGUUUUUUUUCCGCAGGCCAUCAGGGUUUAACGAAGAGAAGACCGAACUUGUGAAUCAACCUAAACAGAGGUAUGAAUAUAUUUCUAAUUAAAAACAAUAUUCAAAUAUUGAAAGGGGUGAUUGAAAUCUAAACAAUAUUAAGUAAUCUAUGAAUACAUUUGUAAAACUUGCUUAUCCUUUUAUUUGCCACCAUGACAAUUUCAGUGAUUUUUUUUUUUUUUAGAGAUAUAAUCGCCUUUUAUGCCAGGGGGCUAGUUGUAAACAGUGCAGUUUCUAAAAACAAAACAGGACCACUACACCAGGUCACUUCAUUGGAAUUUAGUGGAAUUAGUGGUCCUUUUAUGUUUUUGGGCAGUUUAUCACAUACAGGUGAUACUCGAAAACAUUAGAAUAUCGUGCAAAAGUUCAUUUAUUUCAGUAAUGCAAUGAAAAAGGGGAAACUAAUAUAUGAGAUAGACACAUUACAUGCAAAGCAAGAUAGUUCAAGCUGUGAUUUGUUCAAGUGCGAUGAUUAUGGCUUACAGCUCAUGAAAAUCCAAAAUCCACAAUCUCAGUAAAUUAGAAUAUUACAUGCAAUCAAUAAAACAAGGAGUGUACAUAGAGCAAUAUCGGACCUCUGAAAAGAAUAAGCCUGCAUAUGGACUCAGUACUUGGUUUGGGCCCCUUUUGCAGCAAUUACUGCCUCAAUGCGGCGUGGAAUGGAAGCUGUCAGCCUGUGGCACUGCUGAGGUGUUAUGGAAGACCAGGAUACUUCAAUAACAGCCUUCAGCUCUUCUGCAUAGUUCAGUCUCAUAUCUCUCAUCUUUCUCUUGGCAAUGCCCCAUAGAUUCUCCAUGGGGUUCAGGUCAGGUGAGUUUGCUGGCCAAUUAAGCAUAGUAAUCCCGCGGUCAUUGAACCAGGCUUUAGAAAAUGAAGUCAGCAUCCGCAUAAAGCUAGUCUGCAGAAGGAAGCAUGAAGUCCUCAAAAAUCUCCUGGUAGACUGCUGCAUUGACCCUAGACUUAAUGAGGCACAGUGAACCAACACCAGCAGAUGACAUGGCUCCUCAAAUCAACACAGACUGUAGAAACUUCACACUGGACUUCAAGCAUCUUGCGGUGUGUGCCUCUCCAUUCUUCCUCCAGACUCUGGGUCCUUGGUUUCCAAAUGAGAUGUAAAAGGUGCUCUCAUCAGAAAAAAGGUCUUUGGACAACUGAGCAACAGACCAGGUCUGUUUUUCUUUAGUCCAGGUAAGACGCUUCUGACGUUGUUUGUUGUUCAGGAGCGGCUUGACAAGAGGAAUAUGACAUCUGAAGCCCAUGUCCAGGAUCAGUCUGUGUGUGGUGGGUCUUGAUGCACUGAUUCCAGCCUCAGUCCACUCCUUGUGAAAGUCCCAAACACUUUUGAACGGCCUUUUCCUGACAAUCCUCUCCAGGCUGCGGUCAUUCCUGCUGCUUGUGCACAUUUUUCUUCCACAUAACUUUCUAUUAAUGUGCUUUGAUACAGCACUUUGGAAACAUCCAACUUCCUUCGCAAUUACCUUUUUUGAGGCUUUCUCUCCUUAUGGAAGGGUCAAUGCUGAUUAGAGUAGGGCACUGUGAGCCUAGAAUAUUGCACCUUUUCACAAUAUUCUAAUUUACUGAGAUUGUGGAUUUGGGGUUUUCAUGAUCUGUAAGCCAUAAUCAUUGCACUUAUGACAAAUCACGGCUUGAACUAUCUUGCUUUGCAUGUAAUGCGUCUCUCAUAUAUUAGUUUCCCCUUUUACGUUGCAUUACUGAAAUAAAUGAACUUUUGCACGAUAUUCUAAUUUUUCGAGUAUCACCUGUAGAGUCCCCCAGUCUGUCUUUCUCUCUUUGCAAGCUGAAAGAGGAGAGGAAUCCCUACCGAUAACUGGAAGAUGCCACUUGAUAGUGGUUUAACACUAAAAGGUAAGAAGAAGCCAGUGGAUUCCAGACACCAUAGCUACUUCAUUGACAUAAAGUGGUUUUGUUGCUUGGAGAGAUCCUUUAGUUUUAUAAUCCCUUUUCUAAUAGGAAAAAUGUUCUUUGAUGUUUUGGAAUGCUUGGGUCGAUGUAGUAUAAGGAAUAUGUCAAAAAGGAAUUUAUUUUUACUAGUAGUAAUGAAUAUAUAUCUUGAAUUGUGAUAAUUCAAGCAGAAGUACAUUUUUUUUUUUUUGGUCUUUCAAAUACAGCCACCAAAAGACUGAGCCCAAGGCUUCUGAGGUUGAGAAAGGUCAGACCGAUGAGAGUGAUACAGACUCUGAAGAUGAUAGUGAACUCUUUGUGAACACCAAUCGGGUGCACUAUGAAGAUAGUGACGAGGAAACAGAAAGUGAUGGAGAAGAAAAUUGAAUUUAAAAAAGCACAUCUAGAACAUUCCAAAAAAAAAAAAAAAACUAUUCAGAAUCGGUCUUCAUCUUCAGAAAAGAUUUGGAUUUAAUUGAUCGUCCUCUUCAGUCUGUGGGACUAAACACAACAUUGGCCAAAUAAGUCUUUAAUCUUGUGUCAACGUUUCUGUGGUUCCAAAUCUUUUUAAUGUUUUUUUUUUUUUGCUUGUUCGCCUGAAGAUAUGAAUAAUCUUCUCUUUAUAGGUAAUGCUUUUUAAUAAUAUAUAUUCUGAAGAAUGUUUUGAUCCUAGCACCUGAUCUCCAUACAGCCACAGGUGCAGCAUGAAAGGAACUUGUUUAAUAUCAUUUUUGGAAACUUAAGAUCUCAAACAUUGCCUGAAAUGAAGGUGUUUGGAAUUAAAUUUGUGUUUUGGUUAAAUAGAACACAUGUAAUGAAUCAGUUUGCCUUUUUCAAAAUGUUGUGUGCUAAAGACUAUUGUGAGCAAGAAAUAGUACCGCAAUUUAGAGCGUUUCCUCUUUAGGCUCGUUCAUUUGUAAAAUAAUUUUGCUAAUGAAUAUCUGUUAUGACAAGGCCAUUUCUAGGGUGUCAAUCAUCUGCUUUUAUAAAAAAAAAAAAAAAAAAAGUUUGUUUAGCCAUUGGCAUUGAUUAAAGAUGGACACAUUCCAGCAACAGGAGCUCCUUAGCUGGGUCCUGUAACAAAAAGUACUUAUCCAAUAUAUAUUUAUAAUAUCUUCUUUCUCCCACAAUUGGAUGUAAAAUUUAUGAUUCAGCUUGAUUUAAAUAUAUUAUGGUAAUUUAGUGCAUUCUGCAAAAAGGUUUACUGUAUGUUUCUUUUUUGCAUAAG